AUGUCUCAACUCAGAAGCUGGGUACGGGGUACUCCUUCAACGCCGUCAGGCAACUCCUCUGCGUCAAACUAUCCUGUAUUCCACCAUGCUGCCUCUCGUCGUACAGCAUCAUCAGAAUCACAAUCUCAAUUACCUCCAGUAACCCCUACGCCGUUGGGUAUAUACUCACAGGUUUCUGAGCUGAGUUUUGACGACAACGAGCCUGCGUUUGCAGUUGAUUUCAGCUGCGUAUACAAGGGUGGGAUACGCUUGAACGAACAGAGUUUAUCGUACGCAGUAAAAAGCAAAAGUCAACUCCUCGGCAAACGUUCAGUAUCCCCAAUAUGGCGUUAUGGGGUACACCUUACGUACAAGGAUACAGACAAGACGAUAAAGCAGUACUGGCUCUGUAAGCGCUGUCACGACGCGCGUACGACGGACCAAGUCAAAGUUGUUGACGGCAACAAGCAUAUCGUCAACCACAUGAAGAAGUACCACCGGAUUGACGUCCAUACAGGCCUUUUGCCUGAGGUUGUACAGGAGGAUCUAAAAUGGAGCUCCCCGUUUGACGCUGCGAGGGUUGCUGGUUCAAAUCGACUCGUAUCGCAUACGCCGUGGCAAGAGGAGCAACUCCAAGCCGCUCUUGUUGACUGGGUAAUACUAAAAGAUAUUAGCUUUCUAGUUGCAACCUCACCUGAGCUACGAGGGUUGCUUACAUGGAACCGAAGCGAUCUCUUGAAGGCGCUGCCUACGUCAACCACUACGAUCGCCGAAUACACGAGAUCAACCCUAGGGGAGCGGAGGGAGGAGAUCAAGAAGCUCGUAACAACAGCGCGAAGCAAAAUAAGUAUAAGUGUUGACGUGUGGACGUCAAGUAACCACCUAAGCUUCCUUGGUGUUGUGGGUCAUUUUGCGGACGCUCAAUAUCGACAGCGUGAUAUACUCCUCGCGUUUCAGAACCUCUACGGCGAUCAUACAGGCGCUGCGCAAGCUGCUGUUAUCCUUAAAGCCCUCGAUAGCUUCGAAAUAGCACCACAACUCCACUGCUUCGUCGGCGAUAACGCCACUAACAAUGACAACGAGCUUAUCCAAGGCCUCAACGAACACGACGAUAUCAAUCUUACGUCAAACAACCGCAUACGCUGUGCUGGGCAUAUUAUAAACCUCGUCGUCAAGGCGACGUUGUACGGCAAAGGCGUAAGCCGGUUCGAAUCCCAGCUCGCAGAGGCGUCCCCAGCUCGACAAUAUGAGCUUUUUCGAUCCCAUGGGGUUGUCGGCAAGCUACACAACUUCGUCAACGCUGUUUGCGCCUCUCAUAAGCGUCGUGAGUUGUUUCUAUCGCUCCAGAAAGAACCACGCGACGACGACGAGUUGUACACGUACAAUACGCUUCAAUUACGUCAAGAUGGAGGCGUCCGCUGGCACUCAGUGUACUACAUGCUCCUCCGUUGCCUGGAGCUUCGUAACCCGAUUACUCGCUUUAUGACGAGACUACAACAACAGGCUUCGCAAGGCUACAACGACGAGUACAACCCACUUAACGACGAGAUCUCCAGCGAGGAGUGGGAGGGCGUACAACAGCUUGUCGACUUUCUACAAGCACCUGUUGAGAUGACGAAGCGCCUAGAGGGUAACAACAGCGCGUCUGGCUUCGGAUCGUUGUGGCAAACCUUGACAAGCUUGCAAGCUUUGUGGACUCUCUACAGCUCCACCAAAGCUAGGUUUGACGACGAUAGCAAUAACAGCGAUUACUUUGUAGCUGCUGUAAAACACGGCCUUGAGAAGCUCACCUCAUACUUUGAAAAGCUGAUUAUACAACCCCAAAUUAGCUAUUACGUCGUCGCAACUGCUCUCCAUCCCGCCCUACGCCUUGCCUGGUUUCAAACCCACUGGAAGCAGUACGCUGAUUGGGUAAAGCGCGCAAAGGACUCUACAAUGAAGGUUUUCAAGCUCUAUAUGGCGGCAGAGGUAGACGACGACGAUACAGCGUUGCCGCUGCCGCGUCGCAAGGUACCUGGCGGCAACGCUGACCUCUACAGCCAAACAAUGGCUGUUGAUCUCAUGUUUCUCACCGGCUCAAAGUCUCACAAGCGUCAAAAGCGUGCAAGCCAGCUGGAGGAGUACUUUGACGACCUCCGUGAGGACCUCACGAACGCCAGCGAACAACAACUCGCUCUCCUCCACGAUCCUUGGCGCUGGUGGCUCGAAAUCGGACGCCAGAAGUACCCAGUAGUCUUCAAGAUUGCCACCGACUACCUCUCUAUCCCCGCUACUAGUUGCGAGUGUGAGCGUAUCUUCUCAACCGCCAAACGGACGAUUACAAGCGAUCGAAACCGCCUCAGCGCAGCCACGAUAGAGGCUUUACAACUUCAGAAGAACUGGUUACGUCACGGCGUCGUUAAAAGCGAAGUUUUAAAGCUACAACAACACGUACAACGCUGGGAUAGCAAGCAAGGCAGCGGCAACAGCGGGGUCGCUGGCAGCAGCAGCAAUAUAGCCAGCAACAACAGCUGCCUAGGCGACGACGCUGGCUGA